AUGCCUCCGAGAGAUGCUAUUGCUGACGCUAUUAAUGCCUAUUUUCAGUAUUGUCACCUGCAGCCACUGUGGCUUUUUGAUCGGAAUGAUCUCUCUUCCGUCGAAGAAUGCCGUGAGGAGACCAUUUUCUCUUUGCUGGCGCUCUCUCUGUGUCAUUCGAACCACUCCUUCUUCAAAGGGCGAUCGGAGGAAUUGAGCCAAAAAUACGCACAGCUGGCGAGGGAGCAUAUCAUGCUGAGAAUCGCUCAGGGAAAAGUCACCCUCUCGACAAUACAAAGCCUCUGUAUGCUAACCCUUGCCAACUUUCAGGCCAAUGAUGUGCACCUCGUAUCUCUCCACGUCAAUAUCGCGAUGACGUUUGCCAAAUGUGCUGGCCUCGACCUCGAGUCGCAUCACGACGAGGUCUCCUUGCAGGCAGAAGCGCGAAGGAGGGUGUUUUGGAGUUUACAUCUUCUGCACCAAAUGUACGGGCAGCACGGUUCGGUGCUGAAUAUAAUACAGGAUAUCGAAAGUCCUCAAUAUGUUACAUCUCACCCGGACUUUCGGAAAAAGUCAAACCUCCUCCCCCCGUCCAUGCCGCUGGAGUUAGUACAGGGUGGAGGGACCCAAAAGAACGGGAUAUGGGCAUACAUGGUUCAGCUGUCAACCCUUUGGAGAGAAGUUCGAAUGUAUGUGAUGCAAUGUGAUCACACAAACAGCGAGCCACCAUGGUCCGUUGAAUCAGGGUACGCCGUGAUAGGCGCCCAUCUCAUGGAUCUGGAAACCAAGUUGCCUACCUAUCAUCGAUACGAUUUUGCGCGAUUCUCGGACCGCGAGAAAGAGGAAUUGCAACAAAAUCGGGGAUACUGGAGCCCCUGGCUGUACCUGCAGUUCGCUUAUCACACAAUUCACAGCACGCUGAAUCAUCCGUUUUUGUAUUCUUCACGACCGCAGCAGUCUGCUCAACUAGCCGUGCCAAACACCUUCUGGAAAACGUCCUCCGAGUUGGCCUUCAUCCACGCCACCUGGAUUGUCCGGCUCAUUGAUAUGGUCUCGGAGAAGGCUUACCGGAUAUCGGAUCCUUUCAUCGGCCAUUGCGUAGCGAUUGCUGCAACGGUUCACAUCUACUUCUGUCGAGCGGCCGACAGGAGGAUCAGGGAGGCAGCGCAGGUCAAAAUGGCAACGUGCGUAACGUUUCUGGGAGAAUUGGCACUGCUUUGGCCUUCUUGCCGUAGGGUGCUGGAGAAACUCCAAACCUUGAUUCACUCGGCGUUUCCAUUCAAUCGUUCCGAUCGGGAAGAGGAGAUCUCUCGCGGAACGAUCUCAAUCAACACUCGCCUGAUGUGGGAGAUUCUCCAAUACGAUUUCGCUGGUAAAGAUUCCCAUCUGCCGGGGCACGGGUUGUUCCACGAGUCUCUCUAUCAGGACAACGAUGAUAGCGAUCACGAAGAACAUACAGUCGAAACGCAGAUCUUUCACAACCCUACUACGGAAGUGGACAUGUCUACUGGAGGACAGGCUCUGCCCCCCUACUCAGGCCAUCCUGCUAACCAAAGUUCCCAAAAUGCCAGAGGGCGUGGUAGGCAAGACGAACAGCUUCCGUAUUCGAUUGCAAGGACAGUCCCCAUGCUUUAUGCAUCAGUUCCAGAAGCGGCGGCCGCUCCCUGGGCUACCCCAGGGAAUUCCUCCACCAAGGGCGCGGCCUACGAUCCCUUUUUUCAGUUCCAAGACGCUGGAAGCCCAUUCUACGGCUUUUGGGAAGUUGGGAAUCUAUGA